CUUUUCACGUGGUGCGGGUCGGAAGUGACGCGCGCGGCCCGGGAGCUGCGGACGCGAAGGCCGUCGGAGCGGGAGUCGCCGACGCCGCGGGGUCUCCGGGACAGGAGCCCCUGGUGCUGUGUGCAGAGUCGGUGGGGGAAGUUUGCCGGGUCCCUGGCCCCACCUAGCCAGUGGCAUGUCAGCCACACUGGAUCUGAAGUCGAAGGAGGAGAAGGAUGCUGAGUUGGACAAGAGGAUCGAAGCUCUUCGUCGAAAGAAUGAGGCGCUCAUCCGGCGCUACCAGGAGAUUGAGGAGGACCGUAAGAAAGCUGAACUCGAGGGGGUGGCGGUGACAGCGCCCCGCAAGGGCCGCUCUGUGGAGAAGGAGAACGUGGCCGUCGAGGUGGAGAAGAACCUGGGGCCCUCUCGGAGGUCUCCUGGGACCCUGCGGCCCCCGGGGGCCAGCAAGGGAGGCCGGCCUGCCUCCCAGCAGGGAGGCCGGGCAGGCGUGGGCCGGGUGGCCCGGAGCUGGGAGGACGGUUCUGGGGAGCAGCCUCGAGGAGGAGCUGGCGGCCGCGGCCGGAGGGGCCGGGGCCGGGGAUCUCCUCGCCUCCUUGGGGCUGGAGAUGUCUCACCUGCUGACCGCAAAUCUAAGGAGUGGGAGGAGCGGCGCCGGCAGAACAUCGAGAAGAUGAACGAGGAGAUGGAGAAGAUCGCUGAGUACGAGCGCAACCAGCGGGAGGGCGUGCUGGAGCCCAACCCAGUGCGGAACUUCCUGGACGACCCCCGGCGGCGCGGCGGGCCCCUGGAGGAGCCUGAGCGGGACCGUCGGGAAGGCAGCCGCAGGCAUGGGCGCAACUGGGGGGGCCCUGACUUCGAGCGGGUGCGCUGCGGCCUGGAGCAGGAGCGGCAGGGCCGCCGGGCUGGCCUCGCUGGCUCGGGCGACAUGACGCUGUCCAUGACGGGCCGGGAGCGCUCCGAGUACCUGCGCUGGAAGCAGGAGCGGGAGAAGAUCGACCAGGAGCGGCUGCAGAGACACCGCAAGCCCACCGGCCAGUGGCGGCGGGAGUGGGACGCUGAGAAGACCGACGGGAUGUUCAAGGACGGCCCCGCCACUGCCCUCAACCCAUCAUCCCACCACUAUGAUGAUCAGGCCUGGGCGCGGCCCCCCAAGCCCCCCACCUUCAGGGAGUUCCUGUCCCAGCACAAAGCAGAGGUCAGCCGCAGGAAGAGGAAGAGUAACCGACCGCAGACCAAGGCAGCCCCUCGUCCCUACAGUGACCAUGAUGACCGCUGGGAGACGAAGGAGGCAGCCUCCCUGGCUCCUGAGGCCCCACAGCUCCCUCCGCCCGAGGAGACACCCUCACAGCCACCGGAGACCCCCGCUCCUCCUGCCCACCGGCCUCCCGAGGACGACGGGGAGGAGGAUGAUGGGGAGGAGGACGACGGGGAGGAUGAAGAAUGGGAAGAUGUGAGUGAGGAGGAGGAGGAGGUCGAGGAGGAGGAGGAGGAGGUCGAGGAGGAGGAGGAGGUCGAACCAGCCCAAGACCAUCCCCGCCAAGAGGCUGAGCCCACCGGAAGCCCCACCGGUGAGCAGGCUGACAAGGAGCCCUCCAGACCAGAGGAGCCCCUGCCACUCCCCCAGGCCCCUGCCACGCCUUCUACCCCCUUCUCGCCCCCUGGGGGCCACCAGCCCGUGUCUGACUGGGGUGAAGAGAUGGAGCUGAAUUCUUCCCGGAAUGCCCACCUGGCUGAUGCCCUCGCCCUCUCUCCGGGAGGUGACCAGCCAGCCCCUGCCUCCCUCGAGAGUGGGCCCCGCCUCCCAGGAACCCGGAACUCCGAAGAGGAAGGGUCUGAGGCAGCCUCAGAGGCGGGCACUGAGGGCCAGGAGACCGCGGAGAUCACCGACUUCCAGAGGGCCUCCCCGAAUUCCUGAAGACGCUGCUGGGAGGGGACUGAAGCUUCCCCGCCUUGACGGGGAGGGGGCGGCAGGAGGGGGUUAGUCUGGAUUUCCAGGCUGCGCUCUCUCCUCCCCGGAGACCGCCCUGGAUCCCAUGGCUUUAGGGAUGGGAGAAGUUGAGGGUGGUGGGGAGGCCUUGGGGAAGGGGCGUGACUGGGAUACGAGGCCGAGCUGGAGCUUCGGGGCUUUGAGUUUAGAUCUCUGGACGCGAAGUACGGAGGAGGUGCCUUGAGGGACGUGGUUAGGGUGUCUGGGCGGAGCCACGGUUCUGGCGGGUGGCGUUAGAACAUAGGCGGGCCUUAGAUGUGGGAGCGGGCCGUGACAGCCGGUUUAGAUGCGAGUGCCUAACGCAGGCGUAGAGGGCAACCCUUGGUGGAGGGCGUGAUCAGUACGGUGCUAGAACCAAGGGAGUAAGGCGGCGGAAAGGCGCGCAGCCUGGACUGGGGAGUGUUAAUCCGAGGAGAGGAGAGAGUGACCUCGAUUGCUAAAAUCGAGUGAUUCAGAGAAAGGGCACGUUAGAAGCGGGGCGGACCUGCGGCUAAGGCGGGGCGGGGUUUGUGAGGCCUCAAUCUGGUAAGGGCUUGGGGCUCGGAGGCUGGGCUAGAAGCCUAGGAGAAGUCCAUGUCCCGAAAAGGGACGGUGUUGGGGCGCGGGGAGGAGGCCAGGAGGAGGAGGGCGGGGCUAAGCGCCGGGCGGGUUAGCGUGUAAGAGGUGUGGGCAUCACCCGGCGCCUGGCCGGAGUUGACAGCUGCUUUUGCAGACCUGGGGCGGGGUCAGAGCUGAGUUGGGGUGGGGUCAGGACGCUA